AUCGGAGACCGUCGGACUUGGAACGAUGGCCGAUCCGAGUACAACCUUUCCCCGUUCCAUCCCGUGCUGUUCUGCCUAUCGGGGCAACGAGCAGACGUUGGAAGCCUGUAGGAUCGGGCAUGUCAGAUUCCGCAUGCCGGCCCCGACCGAGAUGCAGUUCCUCGUGGGUCGACUCGACAACGAGGCCUGAAUAACAAAUUUGUCAGGCAUCACUAAUUUAAUUAUUAUAAGCGCUCCUGCAAUGUAAGCCUGUAGGAUCGGGCAUGUCAGAUUCCGCAUGCCGGGCUCGACCGAGAUGCAUUUCCUCGGCUUCUGCAAUGUGCUCGCUUUCUUGUUCUCCGGCCUCACAAGUCAGCCGCCUCGGCAUAUUAACUUGACGCUCCCGGACUCCGGAGAGACAUGCAAGAUGGUUCCCAAGGAGAAGCCAAUCAUCGUUGCCACUGCGUUCAAUGCUCCUGGCCACACGGCCGGCCUCCUCUCGAUAUCUGAGCACUUGAUCAAGCAGGGCUUUACAGUUUACUUCAUUGCCGGUCCCGAUUUCAAGGCCUCGAUCGAGAAAAUAGGCGCUGAAUUCGUCGAGAACCCAUGGGUCUGGGCCCACCUCAUCGGCAAGGCAACGCCAGGAGAUAAACUCUGGAACUUGAAGCAUAUCUUUGCCGACUCGAUUCCGGUAGCUCACCGUGUGCUCAAGGAGACGCUUGAACGGAUCCGGAGGGAGAAGCCUCAUCGUGAGGUCCUCAUUCUCCAUGAGAGCUUUUCGAAUGGUCUCGCGCCCUUUGUUUACGGGGCACCGCUCCCCGAGGGAUACUCCUCCCUGCCCAAAGUCAUCAACUUCCACACCAGCAUCUAUGCCAUAAAACACGACAGCAUCCCUCCCUUUGGUCCCGGCCUCCGCUAUGACCACACUCCCGAGAACCUUGCACUCUGGCGGUCCAUCUCCGACGCCAUGGAGCCGGCCGUGGCGAGCGUGGUGCAACACUUAAACGACCAUUUAAAAGCCCUCGGUGCCACCCGGCCCGCCACCGGCUCCUUCUUCGACGUACUCCUGGACCUCGGCGACGUAACAGUCCUGGCCACGAGCCCCAGCCUGGAGUACCCCCUCCCGGAGCCCAAACCCAAGCUGCGCUUCAUCGGCGGCCUGCCCCUGAAACCCCUUAGCCCAACCUUUGAGUUCCCGUCCUGGUGGCCCACCAUCACCAACAACACCGCCCUCCCCGCCGACUCGCCCGACAAGAAGAAGCUCGUCUUCGUCACCCAGGGCACCGCCCACCGCAACUACAUCGAUCUCAUCAUACCGACCAUCAACGCGCUCGCCAACCGCGCCGACCUCCUCGUCGUUGCCACCCUCGGCGCGCGCGGCGCCGAGCUCCCGAGCAGCGUCACAAUCCCCGCCAACACCAUCGUGGUCGACUACUUCCCCUACGACGCCGUCCUGCCCCAUGCCGACGUCUUCGUCUCCAACGCCGGCUACGGCGGCUUCAUGCAGGGCGUCAUGAACGGCGUCCCCAUGGUCCUGGCCGGCACGCUCGCCGACAAGGCCGAGGUGUGCGCCCGCGCCGAGUACGCCGGAGUCGCAGUCAAUUUGAGGGCUCAAAACCCCGGCGAGGACGCCAUCCGGGCCGGGGUGGAGAAUGUGUUGGGGCAGAGGAGGUUCAAGGAGCGGGCGGUGGAGCUGAAGGAGGAGAAUGAGAAGCUAGAUUCGCUGAAGACGCUGGAGAGGAUUAUUGACGAGUUGGUUGGAGGGCAGUGAAGGGGAUGUGAGGGAGAAGCUAGACGUCUAGGCUUGAGACGUGUUGUAGCUGGAUGGCCUGCACGUCCGGGCAUGUUCUCGUCCCAUGAGCCCGCCAAAGUGUUGCCAGACUUCAGAGUAGCAAUUUGCGUGCUCCUCAACCCCACCGUGCCUUUGCACAGCACCAGACUUGACUCAAAAUGCAUCAUCCGCAUCGCUUUUCAUCUUAGAAUUCCCUUUCUGCCGACUUUCCACCCGUGUCAUUCACUCUACACGUGAACCAUCUACCGAUCAUGCCUCACUAUAAGACCUCG